AUGUACAGACAGCCAACAGCUAUCGAAUCCGGUUUUUAUCAAGUGCCGGAAGCACCACAACCUGUGCACUUACCACCAGCAGCAAUUCCCAUCGUACCCCCGCAAGGAACCGUAUUCUUUGCGCCACCGUGGUAUUAUCCAAGUGGGAUGCCGCAGACAGUUUUCAUUGCACAGCCGCCAAAUAUGUCGUUCGAAAGUAACCUGAUGGAGGGCCCGUCCAAUGACUAUUGCUCACUGCAAGAAGGGCCUACACCGGAUACGCUAGCAGCAGACUCGAUGUGCUACACGCCAGCUCCUUUGCCGGUCUCGUUGUCUCCGUUUCAGCCUGUACCGGUACUGAACCCGUACGUGCGUGCAAACCCGGUCUUUAUUGUCCAGCAGCCGUUUGUUGCUCCUCCGACUACACUGAAUCCAUGUAUGCCAGCACUAGCGGCACCGCAACCGCUGUGCCCCAAACUGAACGUCUUAUCGCCUCCUUCCAAGCAGUACCAACCGUGGUCCACAGCAACCGUUACCGCUCCAACUAUGCUAAAGAGCUUACCGGUAGAGGAGAACAACUCCGCAACAAAUAACAAUAUCGCCUUCUCACAAACAACCCUCACUUCGGGAUAUGUGAGUGCCACGGAAACUGGCAGUGAAAAAACAGUACAGAGAUUCAGCGGUGAACCUGUAACAGUUGGUGGCUCCAAGACGCUUGGGGCUGCGCAAAAGUGCGCGUAG